CUGUUCACCAGUAGUGUCUCAGGCGAUAUUCGGAGUGGUAGUGGAUAGGAGAAUUUCAACUUUUAACAUUGUUUGUAGUGCUUUAAGGUGAUACAGGCCUAUUCUGUUUGUUUCAUUAGGUUUACGAGUUCUGCGAAAUAGCUAAUUGAAGGAAGGAAGAUGGACGGCGAGGGGGGCCAGGCGGGGGCGGCCGUGCUGGUGAUGGGGGCCUACAAGAUGUACUCUGCGCCCAACAUCGUCUUACGUGGUCUCAACAUGACGGUGCCGCAGGGCUGCAUAUAUGGGUUACUUGGUCCCAGUGGGUGUGGUAAAACAACCUUACUCAGCUGCAUCGUGGGUAGGCAACGUUUGGAUGCAGGAGAGAUUUAUGUGAAAGCAAGGAGUAAAAAGAACAUAGGAUACAUGCCUCAGGAUCUAGCUUUGUAUAGGGAGUUUAGCAUAGAGGAAACUCUAGUCUUUUAUGGUAAUUUAUUUGGGAAAACCAGAGCCGAAAUAAACAAACGGACACAAGAAUUGAUAAAACUUCUUGAACUACCAGAAGCUCACAACACAUUAGAUACACUCAGUGGAGGUCAGCAGAGGAGGGUUUCAUUCUGCGUGGCACUGUUACACAACCCCCAACUGCUCAUCUUGGACGAGCCAACCGUCGGUGUCGAUCCAGUCCUCAGUCACAAUAUCUGGCAACACCUAGUGCAACUAGCGACAAAAGAACAUAAAACAAUUGUAAUUACAACACAUUAUAUUGAGGAAGCAAGACAAGCAAACGUGAUUGGUCUGAUGAGGGAGGGAGUUCUCCUGGCUGAAGAGUCACCCCUCAGUCUGAUGAGGACUCACAAUUGCGAUAACCUUGAGCAGGCCUUCCUCUAUCUAAGCCAAAAACAGUCCACCAUCCAGACCACAGAGGAACUUCAGGCGUUAGAAUACUAUCCAACAACCAGAAAUAAAACAUCAUCACCACUAGAUGACAAAAUGGAAAUCAAACUAUGCAGGGUAAAAGCUCAUCUAAUAAAAACUGUUUAUUGGAUGAAGAGAAAUGUGCCAAUAAUGAUGUUCCUCAUGAUGCUACCAGUAGUGCAGUGUGUACUGUUUAAUCUUUGCAUUGGACAAGACCCUAAGGGACUAUACAUCGCAGUGGUGAACGAGGAGACCCCACAGGGACUGAAAGAGUGUGACUCCAUGGGGUUGUCGGGCUGCCAUAUUAACUCGCACCUUAGCUGUCGAUACCUCCACAAACUCAGGGACAAGACUAUUAACUUGAUCGAGUUUGAUACUUUGGAAGAAGGAGUUGAGGCUGUAAGGAAGAAUGAUGCAUGGGGUCUAAUGCACUUUACGCAUAAUUACACCAAUACAUUGAUGGAACGAGUGAACUUCACUAGAGAUGCAAGCAAUUUGUCUAUAGAUCUCAGCGAAGUCAACAUCUGGAUGGAUAUGUCAAAUCAGUACAUAGGAAAUCUUCUGAGACGUGACCUUCUGUUUGGUUUCAUCUCAUUCCUUACAGAGGUGUUUGAGGAUUGUGGUUGGCCAAAGGCAGCAGCUGGCAUUCCAAUAAACUUUAAAGAUGCUGUUUAUGGAUCUAAUAAUCCAAGCUUUGUCCACUUCACCACACCAGCUAUAGUUAAUUUAUUUGAAUUUUAUUUACCUAUGAUGUUUACUGUGGGGGCAAUUCUGAUGGAGAAAAUGCAAGGCCUUUUGGAGAGAAGUUUGGUUGCUGGUACUACCCUUGUGGAACUCCUGGUCACCCACGUGUUGGUACAACUAAUUGUCCUUGCAAUCCAGACCCUUCUCAUGAUGAUCGUCUGCUUUGUCAUCUUCGACAACCCCAUGGUUGGAAGCAUAACCCUAAUUUGUAUACUGUUACUACUGAUUGGAAUGAGUGGAAUGUGUUAUGGAUUUAUGGUGGCUGUUUUUUGUGAUUCUGACACUUCUGCCACGUUCAUGGGUCUAGGAAGUUUCUUCCCUCUUUCCAUGCUAAGUGGGAUGGUGUGGCCAAUGGAGGGCAUGCACUAUGUCCUCAAGUCCAUUGGCUGGUUGUUGCCACUCACCCUUUCUACCGAAGCAUUCCGUGGCAUCUCUGCACGAGCCUGGGGUCUAUCCCACCCAGCAGUGUAUCGUGGCUUCAUCUCCUGUCUGGGUUGGAUAGUCUACUUCAUGUUGAUAACUGUCCUCAUAGUCAAGUGGCGUAAAGGUCUUGGAAGCAAAUAAUUUGAAUUUUUUCCCAACAGUGGAAUUUUAAUGGUAAAAUUUAAUUUUGUAACUUCUGUACAUAUUCACAUUUUGUUAUACCUUUUAAUUAGCAUAAUAAAGAUAUUUUGUUAUUUAUU